UCCAAAGAUGGCCGCGCCCAUGUAGCUGCGGUGGGCGUGACUGUGGUGCGGCUUGAUUCUUAGAAGACUGUGCUGGGGAGAUCUCCAGCAGUCGGGACGUUAAGUUUGGAUCGUGUUUGACCAGACUUGUUGACUUCGCAAUGGACGUGGACAGUCAUACACUCCCUAAGGACUUCCCUGAGCUGAAGAAUGACACUUUCCUGCGUGCGGCCCGCGGGGAGGAGACCCAGUACGUGCCCGUGUGGUGUAUGAGACAGGCAGGCCGCUACCUGCCAGAGUUCCGCGAGUCCAGAGCUGGGAAGGAUUUCUUUGAGACCUGUCGCUCUCCCGAGGCCUGCUGUGAGCUCACGCUGCAGCCCCUGAGACGUUUCCCGUUUGAUGCAGCAAUCAUAUUCUCGGAUAUACUGGUGGUCCCUCAGGCGCUGGGCAUGGACGUGCAGAUGCUGGCAGGGAAGGGCCCCACAUUCCCAGAGCCCCUGAAGGAGCCCGAAGACCUCUUGCGGCUCCGGACCAAGGUGGACGUGUCCGAAGAGCUGGGCUACGUCUUCAAGGCCAUCACCCUGACCCGCCACAAACUGGAGGGCAAGGUCCCGCUCAUCGGCUUCACCGGGGCGCCGUGGACCCUGAUGACGUACAUGAUCGAGGGGGGCGGCUCCAACACAAUGUCCAAGGCCAAGCGCUGGCUCUACCGCCACCCGGAGGCCAGCCACAGCCUGCUGGCACGGCUCACAGACGUCAUCGUGGAGUACCUGCUGGGACAGGUGGCGGCAGGGGCGCAGGCUCUGCAGGUGUUUGAAUCCCAUGCGGGCUGCCUGGGCCCAGCGCAGUUCAACGAGUUUGCCCUGCCGUACCUGCGGGACAUCGCUCGCCGAGUGAAGGAGAGGCUGAAGGAGUCUGGCUCGGACAGCGUGCCGAUGAUCGUGUUUGCAAAGGACGGUCACUAUGCACUGGAGGACCUCUCGCAGUCUCACUAUGAGGUGGUGGGUCUGGACUGGACCAUUGACCCCCGGGCGGCACGGGGGCGAACAGGAGGCCGGGUGAGCCUGCAGGGAAACAUGGACCCCUGUGCGCUGUAUGCUCCCAAGGAGCAGAUCGGGGAGACGGUGAAGACGAUGCUGGAGGGUUUCGGCACCCAGAGGUACAUUGCGAACCUGGGGCACGGGCUGUACCCCGACAUGGACCCCGAGCACGUGGGGGCUUUUGUGGAGGCGGUUCACUCGCACUCCCGGCGGCUGAGGAAGCUCGAGUGAAGGGGACGAGUCGUGGUCAGGAGCAGCCUGCGUCUCACACUGCAUCGGUCUCUCACAGAGCAACGGUCGUGGCUCUUCAUCACAGUUCUAAUCCUGGAGUCUCUGGAGACGUCACUCAAGCUACAUGCUUUAUAGUUCCAAAGAAAUAACUGAGUUACCCCUAUGAUCAAAUAUAUAGCAUUCUAUAUAAAUACAGCAGCGUUUUAUAUUCUAGAUAAUAAAGAAACAGUUGUUUCGCACUGGAA